AUGGCAUUUUGUGGAGCUUUCUGCACAAAUUUAAGGUCUGGAAAGGAGGCAGACAGCCCCUAUUCUUGGCUUGUUUGUUUCUGUGCCUUUUUGAUCAUCGCUUUAACUCUUGGAACUGCUCUAAAUUUUGGAAUUCUCUUCCCUGUGUUGAUGGACUAUUUUCACGAAACGUGCGAAAGGACAGGCAAGUAAUAUUAGUUAUUGUACCAUCUCAAUCUGCUAGCUGUUGCUUCUGCAGUGUUCGUGUAUCCUACUUUCCAAGGCGAAAAUCAUUGAUGUGUUCGACGGAAAAUCCACACGUCAAGCAAGGUUGGUGACCUUAGGAGGGAUAUGACUUGUAUUUUAGAUCCGCCAUCGAGCGCGUUUUAAGUCAAAGAAGCGUGUAAUAAGCGAUUUUAAGUUAAGAAUCUAUCCAUAUAUGGGAUCACUUUAGUCAAUCCACAUCCGAGGCAUGUUGUUGGUACCAUCUCGGUUAAGAUCGAGAGAAAAUUAACGUUGAGAGAAGCUUCGUGGAUCUAAGGAAACAACGCGAUGGUAUUUAUGUUAUGGUUCAAUUUUAUCCUUUGUUUUGGGGCAUGGUAGUGUAUGAUAAUCAGUUUGAAACAAAGGAAAAUAUAAUUUAAACCAAUUAAGAAUAAAAUUGAACCACAAUAUUUACAUCCAGAUCGACAGGUCCAACUUGAGUACAGUACGUCAACAGGUUGGCCACCAUACACAGGGGCGGAUCCAGGAUUUUUUUUAGGAGGGGGUGCACUCGUCUCUUGCUCUACUUCAACACCAAUAAACCACAUAGUUUUUUUUUUCACAGAAUACCAGUUGUAUUAGAAAACCGCAGGUCAUCUCAGGAGAGGAGGGGGUGUGCACCCCCUGCACCCUCCCCCUACAUCUGCCCCUGAUGCAUGCCUUCACACUUAUUACAGGGUUUUGGUAAAUAAAUAAAUACAACUACAGUCAAACCUAUAUAUAUUCAGCUGUGUGUUAAGCGGUCACCCUUUUUGGGGAAAGGCUUACUGGCCGCUUAAUACAGGUUGACCAUUUAAUACCAAGAAUUAUUAUUCAAGAAAAUGAAGAUGGCUAAAGAGAGAAAUCUCUAUCCCAUGACAGAACCACUUAUCGCCAUACACAGUGUGUCUGAUGCACUCAAGUAUGAUACAUCUUGCCAAAAUGAUCGCUUAUAGAGGUGAAGAUAAUAAAAAAAAUAACUACAGUAAUUAAGGGAAAUUAUUUCUGGGAAUAUUGCAAGUGACAACUUAAUGGAGGGUGACCGAGUAAAAGAGGGUCGCAUAAUACAGGUUUGACUGUACCCCGAAACUGUAACAGCACAAUGAUUAAGACUGUUUUGUUCUCUUCCAGCCUGGGUUGGUUCAGUUGGAUUAGCUUUUAUAUUCUCCCUUGGCCCAUUGACUGGAUCAUUGGUGGAUCGAUUUGGUUGUCGCAUAACUGCAUUUGUGGGUGGGAUAUCAUGCGUCAGUGGCCUCUUGCUCUCAUCUCUUGCGACGAGUAUUACCAUCUUGUAUGUAACUUACAGCGUCCUCUUUGGGUUUGGAAGCAGUUGCAUGUUUGUUUCAUGUUAUGUGGUGACAUCCUUAUACUUUAACAAGAGGCAAUCCAUAGCAACUGGUAUAAUUGCAUCUGGAAGUGGAAUUGGUGUACUUGCAGUGGCACCCAUUCUUCAAGUAUUACUAGACNGUGUUAAGCGGUCACCCUUUUUGGGGAAAGGCUUACUGGCCGCUUAAUACAGGUUGACCAUUUAAUACCAAGAAUUAUUAUUCAAGAAAAUGAAGAUGGCUAAAGAGAGAAAUCUCUAUCCCAUGACAGAACCACUUAUCGCCAUACACAGUGUGUCUGAUGCACUCAAGUAUGAUACAUCUUGCCAAAAUGAUCGCUUAUAGAGGUGAAGAUAAUAAAAAAAAUAACUACAGUAAUUAAGGGAAAUUAUUUCUGGGAAUAUUGCAAGUGACAACUUAAUGGAGGGUGACCGAGUAAAAGAGGGUCGCAUAAUACAGGUUUGACUGUACCCCGAAACUGUAACAGCACAAUGAUUAAGACUGUUUUGUUCUCUUCCAGCCUGGGUUGGUUCAGUUGGAUUAGCUUUUAUAUUCUCCCUUGGCCCAUUGACUGGAUCAUUGGUGGAUCGAUUUGGUUGUCGCAUAACUGCAUUUGUGGGUGGGAUAUCAUGCGUCAGUGGCCUCUUGCUCUCAUCUCUUGCGACGAGUAUUACCAUCUUGUAUGUAACUUACAGCGUCCUCUUUGGGUUUGGAAGCAGUUGCAUGUUUGUUUCAUGUUAUGUGGUGACAUCCUUAUACUUUAACAAGAGGCAAUCCAUAGCAACUGGUAUAAUUGCAUCUGGAAGUGGAAUUGGUGUACUUGCAGUGGCACCCAUUCUUCAAGUAUUACUAAAUGAUUUUCACUGGAGGAAGACUUAUCGCAUUAUUGCUGGAAUCUUUUCACUUGUUUGUUUUCUGUGUUUGACAUUUGAUCCUACCGAGGUUAAGACUGGUAGAGAGAAAAGAGAGGGUGAAGAGGAAAACAGAGAAUCUGAAAAUUUGCAAGAGCAGAAUGAUGCAAAGAAAAAAAGAUGGUUUGUUGACUGCUCUGUUUUCAAGAAUAAGCAGUUUGUGGUAUUGACCAUCAGUGCUAUUUUCUGCAACCUUGGACAUAGCAUUCCACGUCUUCACUUGGUAAGUUGUUAGUUAGCCUUGCAUAGCUGGCAGGAUUAAAGGGGGAGUGCUGUUGUUUUUUGGCGGCAGAGCUGCAAGAAGUCUGAGAGCAAGUCAAAUUGAAAAUCCCACGUGGCUUUGCAGACCACAAAUUUACCCCAUGCAUAAUAAUAAUCUGGCCAGCUACACAGGUUAAGUUUUACUAUGUCACUGUUUUGGUGAGGUAUCACAUUAGUUUGCCUUAGCCUUCAUAAACUAUGUGAUGAUACAUGAUUUAAAUCUGACUAUAAAUUACUGGGUAAUAUUAUACACUUCUUGAACAGUUAAUUAUGCGGUGUUAAAUGAUUUUAAUAAAAUAAUGUCAAUCAUUGUUGUUUAUCAGAUUGCAAGGGUUACUUGCUUUUCUCACUUGUCAACUCAGGUUUAACUAUCAUAUCCAUGUAUUCAUCUGUUUUAAUUAUGGUUGUAUGUGAUGUGAAAAAGGGAGGUGAACCAAAGUUUUUAGGCGAGACAGAAGAAGUGAUAAUAAAAACAGGGUACAUUCAUUUUCUGGAUGAUUCCAUUUAGCCUGACAGGCAGACAUUCAAAAGGGAAGGGCAAGGGUGUGUGAAAAGCAUUACCAUAGUUACUAUGAAUAAGUGCUGCCACUGGUUAAGCCUGCCCACAUUUUGGAAAAAAGGGAAAAUGCAACAAUAUAUUGUAAGCACCACUCCAAAAUUAACCUCUGUGGCACUGAAAGAAUCUAAAUCCAAAGUUUAAUAGAGAGUUCCUUAAGUUUAAUAGAGAAAGAAAUGAAUUAAGCCAAAGUUAAAACAAUUUUCUGUUGUGUCCAACUUUCAAAUAAACACCGCUCUCAAAGGGCAUUGCCCUCCUUCUUCAACUUCCAUCGGCACCAUCUAACUGCACAAGAAAAUAAGUGGACAGUGAAAGCAAUACACACUUAAUUGCCUUAAAGUGAAAGAGUGAGAUCGAAAGAAAUGAAUAAGCACCAUAAUAAACAAAGUCCUGCCAAAGGGGUUUAUUUGAGGAUUUUGCUGACAGAUUUAAAAGUAAAAGAGUGACAAACUUUGAUCACAAUAACUUGGUCUAGGAAAAUGUUGGCUAGUGCCAAUAGCCAGGAAGUAGCAGGGCGCAUGUUUCCGAGUUUGAAUUGCACAUUAAUCUUAGAUCGAUUGUGCAAUUAAUCCAGUACAGAAAAACGGAAAAAUGAUGCUAAACAACGUUAAGCUGAAGUGAAACUUGUCUGUUGACUGAGCCUAAUUCCUGCAAAGAAAUGUUAUAAUCUUCAUGUUACAGUGAUAUAGCCACUAUCGUAUUGACAGAGUUUACAAAACAACAUGGCUUUAUGACAUCUUUUGCAGGUGAGAUUUUCAGAGGGUCUUAAUGUGUCAGCUGAUGCAGCAUCAAGACUGUUUAUUUACAUUGGGGUCACCACAUUCAUCGGUCGUCUACUGAGUGGAUUGUUAUGUAACAUGCAACGUGUAAACCCAGUUUAUGUUUACAUGGGCAGCCUUAUUCUUGAUGGAUGUGAUAUCAUUUUUCUUACACAAGCAAAAACUUAUGGACACCUGGUAGCCUUUUCAUUUCUGUUUGGUUUGGCAGAUGGUGUUCUAGGAGGUACCUUUUACAUUCAAAUAUUGAUGUCAGUAGGUCCAAGCUUGAAAGCAUCNAUGACAUCUUUUGCAGGUGAGAUUUUCAGAGGGUCUUAAUGUGUCAGCUGAUGCAGCAUCAAGACUGUUUAUUUACAUUGGGGUCACCACAUUCAUCGGUCGUCUACUGAGUGGAUUGUUAUGUAACAUGCAACGUGUAAACCCAGUUUAUGUUUACAUGGGCAGCCUUAUUCUUGAUGGAUGUGAUAUCAUUUUUCUUACACAAGCAAAAACUUAUGGACACCUGGUAGCCUUUUCAUUUCUGUUUGGUUUGGCAGAUGGUGUUCUAGGAGGUACCUUUUACAUUCAAAUAUUGAUGUCAGUAGGUCCAAGCUUGAAAGCAUCAGCCAUGGGUUUAAGUUCUCUUUGUUAUGGUACUACCAUGGCAACUGGUCCAGCUUUAGCAGGUAGGUAUCAGUUAAAGGUAGAGACUGACCAAGCCACAGAAGUAACUGAAUCAUUAAUAUGCCACAAUUUAAAAGUUAUAAUACCGUCAUGUAGUUAUGACCCCCAUUACAUUUGAAAUCAGUAGCUUUUAGGGGCUCCUAAUAUUUUAAUUUGGGUGUCAAAUACUGUUUACCUUGUAAGCAGAGGCCCUUUGAUCUUUCUAGAUACUCCCUGACUUAUCUAGCAAGAUCGAAGGGCCACUGAUCCUAGGGUAAAUACUGUUCAGCUUUAAGAUGAUAUCAUAAAAAUAAUCCCACAGUCUGUUCCAGGUGUUCAGAUGGUUUUAUAAACUCAAUUUUCUUUGUGCCACCCCCACUAUCUGAACACCUGGAACAGUUGUACUAAUUGUUCAUUGAAAAACUCAGUUCACAAAGUGAGCAGAGUUUCUUGUUUAAGGAAACAAUGUAUGAUGCCAAGUCUUGAUCCUGGACCUUCUGCAUUCCUGGGUCACGUUUCACACUCUACCGAACUUGUGCAUUGUGUUUGGCUUGUGAACACUGUGACUUCAACAGCACCGAUUGGUUCUACGAUAGUCAGCACGUGAGCUCCAGCUGACAUUUGCGAACAAUAGGAAAGGAAUUUAACCGCUCAUUUCAGCAGAUGUUUGUGGGGCAGGAAUGCACGAGGAAACCCUAAGAACAUCUACAUGGUAAAACACUUCUUAACCAUCAUGACUACAUAAUUGUACAAAACAGGCCACAUAGUUUAAAUGCAAUAAAGCUAGUUACUAUAGGUAGUUGGUGAUUUUAUAAUCUGGUCACCACCUCCUGGCAAAUUCUGCUUAAAACAAUGACCUUUAACUUGUUCUUUUGUUUUCCUCAGGUUUCAUGACAGAUCGUCUCCAUUCCUACAUCCCGUCUCUUAUUUUUUCUGCAGUGACUAUUUUUGCAUCAGCAGCACUACUUCUUCUUCUUGUUUGCGACAGAAAAUCAACACAGCCUGAGACCCUUCACUGUAUUGACACUGAGGAACAUUUCAACAGGGCAGAGAGAGAAACAGGCCUCUAACAAUCACUUUUGGAUUAAAACAAAGAACUAUCAUUUAGAGACCAUCAUAAUCAUCAUCAUCAUUCUUUAACUGUUUUUUUUUCCUGCAAGGAAAUUUGUCUGGCUUUGGUGGUGGGACAUAUACACAAUAAACAUUCUGGAAGUCCAAGAAAUUGAUCAAAAUUUAAACUGUUGGACAAGUGGCUCUGCCCCAGACAUGAUAUGCUGACUGCUGUACAGGCCACAAAACUUUCUCCCACUGUUUCCAAUGUGCAAGCUUGGCAAUUUGUCUGGGUAUAGGGCAUUGUUUUUGUCCCUCAGCAGUUAUCAGAUGAAUUAAGAUCAGACAUAAGGGUUGACAGCCUGGAAACCCCUUUUAUUAUGGGUCGACACCCAAAGGGCAUAGCAUUUGACAGCAUUUUAAUAUCAUUUGGAAAUGCCAGG